AUGUCAGUCGAAGCAAAAACAUUCACGAACAAAUCUAAUGGUGAAACAUUCACAAAAGGCACUUAUAACGGUAUUGAAGUCUUACGUAGAGACAAGGAUGGUUACAUUAAUGUAACAAAGAUGUGUCAGCAGUUUAGGAAAGACUUUAGAAAGUUGUUGGAAAAUAAGUCCUGGGAAGAGUAUUAUAAGGCAUUUUGUGAAGAAUAUAGCAACCGCCGGAAUUCCGACGGUUGCUUUUUAUACAAAAUUCAUGCAGGAAUUCCUGAUGAAAUCAAACAGGUUAGAGGAACGUAUGUAGACCCAAGACUUAUAAACUAUAUAGCAAUGUGGGCUUCUCCAAAAUAUUGCAUAGCAGUUGGAAAAAUUAUGGACUCCAUAGACAAGAAGUUCAUGAGAAGUUAG